AUGCCAUGUGCCCAGAGGAGUUGGCUUGCAAACCUUUCCGUUCUUGCCCACCUCCUUAACUUUGGGACGCUCUGCUAUGGGCGACAGCCUCAGCCAGGCACGGUUCGCUUCCCGGACAGGAGGCAAGAACAUUUUGUCCAGGCUCUGCCUGACUACCAUGUGGUGGGGCCUGUCCGAGUGGAUGCGAGUGGGAAUUUCAUUUCCUAUGGCUUGCACCAUCCCAUCACCAGCAGCAGGUGGAAGAGAGAUUUGGAUGGCCCAGAUGACCAGGUGUACUAUAGGAUUUCGCACGAGGAGAAGGACCUGUUUUUUAACUUGACAGUCCAUCGGGAAUUUCUUUCCAGUAGCUACAUCGUGGAGAGGCGGUACGGGAACCUCUCCCAUGUUAAGAUGGCCCCUUCCUCCGGGCCCCCCUGCCAUCUCAGGGGCACAGUUCUGCAGCAGGGUACCAGAAUCGGGACCGCAGCUCUCAGUGCCUGCCACGGACUGACUGGAUUUUUCCAGCUACCACAUGGAGACUUCUUCAUUGAACCUGUUAAAAAUCAUCCAGUGGCUGAGGGACAGUACCACCCACACAUCAUUUAUAAGAUGCAGAGGCAGAGAGUUCCACAGAUAAAGGAGCCAACUUGCGGAUUAAACGACAGUUCUGGCACUUUCCAGAAGCAAGAGCUACGGAGGGAGAAGUGGGAGAGGAACCGCAUGCCAAGCAGAACCCUCUCUCGGCGUUCCAUCAGCAAAGAGAGAUGGGUGGAGACUCUGGUGGUGGCUGACACGAAGAUGAUUGAGUAUCAUGGGAGUGAUGUGGAGUCCUAUAUCCUCACCAUCAUGAAUAUGGUCACUGGAUUAUUCCAUAACCCGAGCAUUGGCAAUGCAAUUCACAUUGUUGUGGUUCGGCUCAUUCUACUUGAAGAAGAAGAGCAAGGAUUGAAAAUAGUGCAUCAUGCAGAGAAGACAUUGUCCAGCUUCUGCAAGUGGCAGAAGAGCAUCAACCCCAAGAGUGAUCUCAACCCCGUCCAUCACGAUGUGGCUGUCCUUCUCACCAGAAAAGACAUCUGUGCUGGUGUCAAUCACCCCUGCGAGACCCUGGGUCUGUCCCACCUGUCGGGAAUGUGCCAGCCUCACCAGAGCUGUAACAUCAAUGAAGAUUCUGGACUUCCUCUGGCUUUCACGAUUGCCCAUGAGCUUGGACACAGUCGAGGUUGGGGUUUCUGCCUUGAUGACAUCCCCAAAAAGAAAGGCUUGAAGUCCAAGGUCAUUGCCCCAGGAGUGAUCUAUGAUGUUCACCACCAAUGCCAACUACAGUAUGGUCCCAAUGCUACCUUCUGCCAGGAAGUAGAAAAUGUCUGCCAGACACUGUGGUGCUCAGUGAAAGGCUUUUGUCGCUCUAAGCUGGACGCUGCUGCAGAUGGGACAAGAUGUGGUGAGAAGAAGUGGUGUAUGGCCGGCAAGUGCAUCACAGUAGGGAAGAAACCAGAGAGUAUCCCUGGAGGCUGGGGCCGCUGGUCACCCUGGUCUCACUGCUCCAGGACAUGUGGGGCCGGAAUCCAGAGUGCAGAGAGGCUCUGCAACAAUCCUGAACCAAAGUUUGGAGGGAAGUACUGCACUGGGGAAAGAAAACGCUAUCGCUUGUGUAACAUCCACCCCUGCCGCUCGGAUGCACCCACAUUUCGGCAGAUGCAGUGCAGUGAGUUUGACACUGUUCCCUACAAGAAUGAAUUAUACCACUGGUUUCCUGUUUUUAAUCCAGGUUAUGUUGACAUUGGGCUCAUUCCAAAAGGAGCAAGAGACAUACGGGUAAUGGAGGUUAAGGGAGCCGGGAACUUCCUGGCCAUCAGGAGUGAAGACCCGGAGAAAUAUUACCUGAAUGGAGGAUUUAUUAUCCAGUGGAAUGGGAACUACAAGCUGGCAGGGACUGUCUUUCAGUAUGACAGGAAAGGAGAGCUGGAAAAGCUGAUGGCCACGGGUCCUACCAAUGAGUCAGUGUGGAUCCAGCUCCUAUUCCAGGUGACUAACCCUGGCAUCAAGUAUGAGUACACAAUCCGGAAAGAUGGCCUUGACAAUGACGUGGAGAAGCUGGAGUACUUCUGGCAGUAUGGCCGCUGGACAGAGUGCAGUGCAACAUGUGGGACAGGUAUCCGCCGCCAGACUGCCCAUUGCAUAAAGAAGGGCCAAGGAAUGGUGAAGGCUACAUUCUGUGACCCAGAAACCCAGCCCAAUGGGAGACAGAAGAAGUGCCAUGAAAAGGAUUGUCCACCCAGGUGGUGGGCAGGGGAGUGGGAAGCAUGCUCAGCAACCUGCGGGCCCCACGGAGAGAAGAAACGAACGGUACUAUGCAUCCAGACCAUGGGCUCUGACGAGCAGGCUCUCCCGGCUAAAGAUUGCCAGCACCUGCUGAAGCCCAAGCCCCUCGUUUCCUGUAACAGAGACAUCCUGUGUCCCUCGGAUUGGACUGUGAGCAAUUGGAGUGAGUGUUCUGUUUCCUGUGGUGGUGGAGUGCGGAUCCGCAGUGUGACGUGUGCCAAGAACAAUGAUGAGCCUUGUGAUGUGACAAAGAAACCCAACAGCCGAGCUCUGUGUGGCCUCCAGCAAUGCCCAUCUACCCGGAGAGUUCUGAAACCCAACAGAGGCAUGAUCUUCAAUAGGAAAAAUCUACCAACAUCUGAGAAAGACCCCGUAAAACCCAUUCCUUCACCUACAUCCAGUCCCAGAAUGGUGACCACACCCACAGUGCUUGAGCCGAUGAAUACAAUUGCUGUGACAGUCAAGAGCCCUAGUCCUACCACAACCUCCCAAGGAAACCUGGAUGGGAAACAGUGGCAAAAUAGUUCAACUCAAUCUGAACUGGACUCCCAUUAUCUCAGUUCUGCUGGAAUUACUUCUCAGCCUACCCUUACUUCCUGGUCUUUGAGUAUCGAGCCAAAUGAAGGGAAUGUUUCCAGUUCAGACACUGUUCCUACCCCUGAGGUAGACCUUUCAGCCACGACAACAAGCAGUUCUGAUUUUUCAUCUUCCAGCAACCUUGUGACUUGGCAGGCAACUCCACUCUACGAUACUUUGACCAAAGAGCCAGAAAUGGAGAUUCAUAGUGGUUCAGGGGAAGACAGUGAACAACCUGAGAACAAAGAUGAAAGCAGCCCUGUAAUAUGGACCGACAACAGAGUACCUGGAAAUGAUGCUUCAGUUGUAAGAAGUACAAAAAUGCCACUCGGACCUCCACCAACACCUUAUCUCAGGGAGGAGUCCUUGUGGCCACCCUUGAGCACAGUGAUGGAAGGACUCCUACCUAGCCAAAUGCCCACUCCUCUCAAAAAUGGUACACCCAGAGUUGAGGGGAUGUUCACUAAAAAUCCAGCUAAGACUCCACUCCUUCUGGGAGAUGACCAGCCAGUGCCCUCAGAAAAGUCAGUAAACCAUAACCAUCUAGAACCACCAAGCAACAUGAAUGUAACACAGAGUUCUGGACCAGUCCUGACAGAGGAGGAUGCAAUGAGCCUGAUUGCUGAGGGGUUUUUGCUGAAUGCCUCCAAUUACAAGCAGAUCACUGCGGGCCACAGUCCUGCAUACUGGAUUGUUGGAAACUGGAGUGAGUGCUCCACCACAUGUGGGCUGGGCGCCUACUGGAGGAGCGUGGAGUGCAGCACCAAGAUCGAUGCCGACUGCGCGGCCACUCAGAGGCCUGACCCUGCAAAGAAAUGCCACCUCCGUCCCUGUGCUGGCUGGAAAGUGGGAAACUGGAGCAAGUGCUCCAGAAACUGCAGUGGGGGCUUCAAGAUCCGGGAGAUUCAAUGCGUGGACAGCCGGGACCACCAGAGCCUGAGGCCUUUUCACUGCCAGUUCCUGGCUGGGAUUCCUCCCCGCCGGAGCAUAAGCUGUAACACUGAGCCUUGUGAGGAGUGGCAUGUGGAUCCUUGGAGGCAGUGCUCUAGGUCCUGUGGAGGUGGAGUUCAGGAGAGAGGAGUGUCUUGUCCGGGGGGCUUCUGUGACUGGACAGAAAGGCCCAUGUCCAUGGCCCCCUGCAACAAGCACCCUUGCUGUCAUUGGGCCACUGGGAGCUGGAACCUGUGUACCACUUCCUGUGGAGGUGGCCUUCAGAAGAGGACUGUCCAUUGUGUCUCCUCAGAGGACAAUAAAACUGAAGACCAAGGCCGGUGUCUGUGUGAUCACGAACCCAAACCUCCAGAAUUCCGAAAAUGUAACCAGCAAACCUGCAGGAAGGCUGCCAAUUUACUUUGCACCAAGGACAAGCUGUCAGCCAGUUUCUGCCAGACACUAAAAAUCAUGAAGAAAUGCUCCAUGCCCACUGUGAGGGCUCAGUGCUGCCUCUCAUGUCCCCAGACUCACAUCGUUCAUGCCCGAAGGCCAAGAAAGCAGCAGUCACUCAAAAGCCCCAAAUCACUCUAA